AUGGCGAAAGCAUUCUUGAAACGAUCGAUUAUAUAUAGCCUAAAAACGGACUCUGAUCAUGCUGAUUAUGUACGAGUGAUUGGCGCGGGAUUACCACGCACGGGAACAUCAUCAUUAAAAGCUGCUCUUGAAUUACUCGGCUUCGGUCCUUGUCAUCAUAUGGUCGAACUAUUUGACAAACCUGAACGUAGUGUUCAGUUUAUUCGAGCACUUGAUGGAAAGCAAGUCGAUUUUUAUGAACUAAUGAAAGGAUAUGGAUCAACAGUUGAUUCUCCAACAUCGGAUUUUUACAAAGAAAUUUACCAGAUCUAUCCGAAAGCAAAAAUUAUACUCACCGUAAGAGAUAAUGGUGAAAAAUGGUUUGAGAGUUUUCAAAGUACCAUUGCAUCUAUUUUUCAAGAUAAUUCAUACUAUUUUGCUGUAUAUCUCAUUCGAUUUUUGCAUUUACAAUCAAUUGUUUGUCGUAAAAUUGAGCAAAAAUGGAUAAACAAAUAUGGCAACAUAGGACCAUUGUUUCAUGAUCAAUACAAUAAUCGAAUAAUCAAUGAAAAUAAGGAUGGUGAAAUACUCAUCUAUAAUGUAAAAGAAGGAUGGUCUCCUCUUUGCAAAUUUCUCGGAGUGGAUAUACCCGUAGGAGUUCCGUUUCCACAUGUCAAUGAUGCUACUCAUAUGCAGCGUGUUAUUUGUCAGGCAAAAAUAAUAGGAUGGUGUGUUUGGACAUUAGUCGGUGCACUAGUUAUCGUAGUAGUUUAUCUAUUUUUUAGAUUUAUAUCAUAA